AUGGCCGUCGUCUCGUGCAAGUGCCUCCCGCAAGCGCUACAGCUCGCGAUCGCUGACGCCGCUCGUCGUCGCUGUCCACCUUCACCCUUCCGCUGUCCGCAAGAGGAUCUACUCUGCGCCAUCUGCUUUGACAUUCUGUGCUUCCCCGUCACGCUGCCCUGCGGACACAACUUUGAUCGCGGCUGCAUCUUGACAGCGUGGGCUCAUGGCUCGGCUUUACUGUCACCGUCCCGUCGAGCCCCUGGACUCUCGCAGUGUGCUCACUUGUGUCCAUUAUGUCGACAACAAUCCGGUGUCCACUCGGCAGAAGAGCUGCAGGUGAAUCUACUGCUCAAGACGCUCAUUGCGUCGCUGUAUCCCGCAGAGACACAGGUCGCGACUAUCCCGGCCAAACAGCAGGGUCCACCUGUGAUGCUGCUGCCGACGUUGCCUCCACGCACGAACGGAGGCGGUGCACUCACGACUGACACAGCAGCGUCUGCGUUCCGUCGACGGCCGAGUCUUCGCACGUUCUCGUCCUUUAUAUACGUGUGCGCGGCGUCGGUCACCGACCCACCUGGUUUUAUCCUUGCAGUGUUGCUGCUGUUGAUCCUUGUGGCUACGGCUUGCAGUCCCCAACCGGCAACUGCACCACCAACGGCCUCUGCGAUGAUGAUGUUCGACACGAUGGAUCGCGUGUGCAACGGACUGUCGUUCGUUAUCCACCGGAUUUCGAUGCAAAUGGACCAACUGGAUCAGCUGUCGCCAUGGAUCCGCCUCCUCUCCUGA